GCAAUUUACCCAAAACCACAUUCUAAACUAAUAGAAGAUCAGCCGAGGUUUGAAAGAAUAGGUUGAAGUGAAAAUUUCGUUGUAACAAUUUUCAUCUCUGAGCCUCAUGCAAAUUCAAAGCCACGCUUACAUUGACAGUCGUUGAUUUAUAGGAUACAGAUACGAUUUUUUGCUUUCUAGUUCAUUCAAAAAAUAAAUUAUAGACGAAGAAUACCUUAGAAACAUAUAUCUAAGGGUAAAGAAGAGAAGUCACUGGCCUCAACGUAUUGUGGUACUGUCAACCUGAAACUGGAAAUCAAGCAGCUUUCUUUACAAAGGAAUUGACCGGCUUUCGUUGUCUAUCGUCCACUGUAUCUUGUGUGAGAAAGUUAUUGUACCGUUAUCUUUCUUUACGUAUGAGACCAUUGCUUUGUUUCACUUUGAUCUGGUCUUUCAUUUGAAGUCUUUCGUCAAUCAUUCCCCUUUUGUGCGAAAUCAAGCUUGGUUAUAAAUAUUAUCUAGGGACUUGAAACAUAUAUUGAAAUUCGUUUUUUUAAUUGCCCAAUAUCCCUUUGUUUACAGGGCUUACCUAAAAGUUCUUUUUCCUUUCUAUACAAUGUUGAUUUUUUCGAAAAGGACCAGUUUUUGGACCCAAAUUCAACAAACUAUAAAUGAUAAUACUUCUCAAGAGAGAUUCGACAAGUACUCCAUUCUGGUUUCUUUAGCAUUUACAUGUUUAUUUGCUACUGUACUAUUAACUCUCUUUAUAUUUCUAAGAACAACUUUUAAGUAUGUUUAUUCCCCUAGGUUGAAGUAUGCGAAGCGUGAUACCAGCAUUCCGCCUAUGAAAAAAACACUCUUUGGGUGGAUUGAGCCUCUUUGGAACGUAAGAGUCGAAGAUUGUCUUUAUGAUAUUGGCGCGGAUGCCACCAUUUUUCUAUUGUUUUCCCGAUUUUGUAGGGAUUUGUUUUGUAUCUUGACUUUCUUUUGUUGUGUCAUUCUGAUACCAAUAAAUGUUAUUGCUACGAAUAAAGCAGGUAGCAAGUCGAGCGCGACAAAUGCGUACGCGAAGUUAUCCUUUCAGAAUGUCUCAGGACAAUGGACAAUUGCACACAUUGUAGUUUGCUACUUUGUGAACAGCGUUGUCUUGUUUUUAUUAUUUAGGUACUAUCGGAUCAUAACCCGUAUUCAGCAACGCUAUUACAGGAGUGCUGACUAUCAGAAUAAUAUUAGUACGCGAUCUUUGUUGGUGGCUGACAUCCCUUCUACGCUUCGUUCUUUAAAAGGUUUAGCAGCCAUUGCUUCUCAUUUGAAAAAGAGUGACAGACCAAUUUAUUAUCACAUAUGUCAUGCCAUCAAUAAUCUUCCUAGUCUCGUUAAAAAAUACAACAAUGCUGUUUAUGCACUUGAAGCAGUGUUUGCAAAGUACUUCAAGAAUCCUAAACAGUUGCCCGAAGUACGUCCAAUUCAUACAGUUAAACAUGGUUUAUUCAAUUACGAAAAGAUUGAUGCCAUCGAUUAUUACAGCGCAAAGAUUGAAAACUAUGCACUACGAGUCAAUAUCGCUCGAGAAUCACUUGAGGAAAAUAAAUAUGAGCAAUAUGGAUUUUUAACCUACAACUCUUCGUUUACCUCUCAUCAAAUUGCCAAAGCGAAUUCAAAGGCUCUUGGGGCAGCAAUACAUAUAUGUCCUCAACCAGAGGAUAUGUUGUGGGAUAAUUUAUCCCUUCCUAGGAGCAGCCGUUUCUUCAAUCGAGUUAUUGGAAAUUUGCUUUUCAUUGCUUUACUCGUAGCCUGGAUUCCCGAAAACGCCCUUUUUGCUAUCUUUAUUGCAAACCUCUGGAAUCUUGGUAAUGUAUGGCCAUGGUUCUCACGUCAGCUCAAUGUGCAUUCAGGAUUUUGGUCGAUUGUUCAAGGUAUUAUCAGUCCUGCGUUAACUGCUUUGCUUUUUACACUUUUGGAGGUUGUCCUGCGUAGGAUUUCAUCCUUCCAGGGUAGUUUGACUAAAAGUUCGAGAGAGAGGGGAGUGCUGAAUAAGAUGCACGUUAUUUUUACGUUUGAUAACUUUAUCAUUUAUACUGUACUUUCUGUUAUUUGGAAGGUUGUUGCUCUUAUCAUAGCUAAAACGGAACAAGAAGGCAAUUUUGCGCAGGGAUUGACGGUGUUUAAGACGUCCGAACCAGUUCCUUGGUUAGUAAGUGCCUUCGUUGGGUUUUCUUCGUUUUGGAUUAUGUAUAUUGCCCACUCAAUUACGUCUUUCUUGUUUCAAAUGGCCCAACCAAUUAGCUUAACUAUUCGUAUUAUAAAGAAAAAGUUCUUUUCGCCUACUCCUCGUGAUAUGUUCGAAUGGACUUCUCCUCAAAAAUUCAUUUACAGCAGUUCUCUCAACAAAUUACUCUUUUUCUUUACGAUUGCAAUCUGUUAUGCAUGUGUUAGUCCUUUGGUGCUGUUAUUUGCUUUUGCAUCAUUCUGCUCGAAUUACAUGGCCCAAAAAUAUAACUUGAUGUACAUUUCUGAAACUACUGCAGAGAGUGGAGGUCGUUUUUGGCGCCCAGUAGUAAACAGAAUUCUCUUUGGUCUUGAGUUGGCUAAUGUUAUUUUGUUUUUGUGUGUGUGGGCUCGUGGUGGUCUUACUCGAGCAUUUUGUGUUAUUCCAAAUUUUGCAUUUGUGAUAGUUUUCAAAGUUUAUUGCGCAAUAUGCUUAGACCCUAAAGCUCAUUUCUUGAUUGAGGAUCCUUAUUCCUCUAUUGAGGAAUCUCUUGAUCACGUGGAAAGUGAAAUGUGCUUUGGUCAUCCAUCAACCUAUACCCCAUUGUUGGUGCCUUUGGUUCGAGAAGACGCUCGUUCUUUACUUUAUUUAGUUUACUCCGGAAAGACAGAAGCAGUCGGCAAACAAACAUACGAAGUUUCUUCUGAUGAUGCUUCUAAUGAAGGAUUAGCGGAACAUGAGGACGCAUUGGCGAUGGUUGACUAUGUUGAUCUGAGCAACGUUGAGACCGCCAAGGAACAAUUUGAGCGACGUCAAUCCAAGAUGUUGAAUAAGAGUCUCUCUAGAUCUUAUACUAAGCAUCACGGCCACAAGCCUCAAUACAUGAACCCCAUGAUGACAGAGGAAGAUUUGACAUUAGGGCAGUCUUUAACACAUGCUUCUGACUCAACAGCAUUAGAACCUGUCAUGACAACAAGUACAUAUGCACCUCCCAUGAACGGCAAUGAUUUUGAGAAAAAUCAAAAGUUCUAAAUUGGAGCCGUGCUAUCUAGCACUUAGUUUCUUGAUAUUGUUUCUCUUCUUUUCAAGCAGGUCGGCCUUAUCAACUUCAUAUAUUUAUAUGUUUCUGUAUCUGCAUACGAUUCUCAUUUCAUGUUUUAUCUAUAUGUUUUACAUUUUUUUAUCUUUAUGGUCAUCCAACACUUUACACUAUCGAUUUUUUGUUCACUCUUUUAUAUAUCCUAUGGUGACCUAUGUCUUUUUUUUUUAAAUGUUUGUUUUCUUAUUUAUGAUUCCUUUGUUUCCUUUCAUUCUUUGCUGUUUGCGUUUUUUUACGUUUUCGUUUACAAGGUUGUUCUUGUAUAUGAAUUUAUAUGGUCGACGUUGCUUUCUUUAUUUAGACAAAGCGGGAGUGCUGAUUGAGAACCGCAUUCUUGCUAUAUUUUUUUUCUCAAUUAUAGUAUUUAGAUAGACUCACGGUGCUAUGAAAACCCGUUCGUAGCAGCUGACCCCUUUAGCAUCUUUGUGCAUUUUUCUAUAGAAUGACGAAUGAGAAAAUUUCUUGUCAGGAAAAUAAAUUUUAUUUAUAAUUGAUAUAUCGUUAAAAUACCGGAAAGGAGCCAAAAUUCAAUUUACUUUUUUCUUUCAGGCAUCCUUCAUCAUGAAGGCUUUUUUUACAGAGGGUAUUCUAUCCUAUUACUGUUCCUUAGAAACGACAGAGUUGAACUUUCAAAACAGGCAAUUUAAUUGAACGUAGAAAGAGCAUUCCUGCAUUUAUGUUUAGUUUAUUUAUUAGCAAUCAAAUAGUUGUUGUUAGUGCAUACACCCAGAUGAAUUUAC